AUGACAAAUGCAGAUGACUUAGCAAAUGUAACCUCUUGCAAAUUUCCCGAAAACCCGUAUUGUCAGUACGAGAAAGAGAGACUCUCGCAUUUAAUGAUUCGCUUGGAAUCAUCCUUGUCUUUGUGUGGUCGCUUCAAUCUAAAUGAAGCUGAGUUAAAGCUACUUGCAACAGCAAUGAUCCCUAUAAAGUUGACUGAUAUAAUUGAUACUGCUAAAGCUCUGCGCGACAAUUUCCCUUCAGAUGCACAUCAGGUGCAGCCGAAAUAGGAUGCUCUUUUGAAAAAAUGCCAUUCUCUUCUUCAGGGGAUUGCAGAGCUGAAGUUUCCGCCUGUGAAACCAAGAUGGGCGGAUUUUACCGACACUGGACCUGGAGUUGCUUGUAACAAUUUCGAAGUACAGUUCAGGGAUGCUGAGUUAGCGAUUAUCCAUAACAGUGACUAUUGGAUCAGACUGCAUUCUUCCAGGGGUAAUUUGUCUGAUAACGAGGCCGAGAGAACUAACAGCGCAAUCGGCGACAGUAUCGUAGAUGGCGCAACACUCCAGUGGAACAAACAUAAACGCUUUGAUGGACUAAGUGACGAAGAUAUAAGUAAACUGAUGGUGAAAGAGUUCAAAGAACACGAGACGGAUAGAAUGGAGAAGAAUGCGUGGUACUGUGCUAAUGAAAUUCGCAAUAGGGUUGAUGGGGCACCAGUGUUUAACGAGUUUAUUAAAUGUUAUUUAACUCCAAAGCAAAGCCCUUUCUUUUUCAACAAAAAAAUACUUAAAACAAUUUCAAAGUUGUACUGCCACUGA